AUGUCAACCAAUGAUCCCAUUUUCGAAAUCAUCGCUAUGGGAGAAGAAGUCUUCAACCGCGAGCCAUCUGGCCCCCCAUGGGUCGCUUUCUUCGACAAAGUCGCACAAUCCCUCACCGGUUUGAAGUCGAUGGAAGUGAUCUGGGAUUGCGCAUACGACUGCGCGAAAUUUGGAGGUGGAACGGAUGUGACGCUUUCUAGAGCUAUAGAGCAGAUCAAGGGGCUUGAGGAGUUGAAGAUGGAUGGAUGUUAUGCGAAGGAGUGGGCGGGAUAUCUGGCGGAGAAAACGAGGGCGAGGAUCUUGGAGAAACAACAUACGCAGUUUGAGGAUAAGCAUCGGUAUAUGGGGCAUUUUAGGAAACAUCAGCAGAGGAGGAAUCCUGAUUUUGUGGUAUGA